CUACUGUACACAGUUCCCCACGCACAUGCCAUUGAAAUGAUUAGAUCUCCUUUUCCCAUUAUUUUUAUUUUCCAAAAGAUUUUUGAGAAAGUUUGGCCUUUUUUUAUUGCUCCCUUUUCACUUUUUUGGCAUAAACAGUAGCAUGUUGGCUAGCUGGCCCUGAAUCUUGCAGUGUAGAAGCAAACAAUUUUUCCUUGUACCAUCAGCAAAAGAAAAUUUGAAUUCAAUAUAUAUAUACACGUAAACGCACAAUAUAUAUAUAUAUCUACUACACAGCUAUAUACACGUAAACGCACACUAUAGGUGGGGAGCUAAUGGAAAUGGAAGAAAGUGAAACAGGGCAACAAAAGCAAACUUCAAGAAAAUCGAAGGGCGGCCUCAUAACGAUGCCCUUUAUCAUAGCAAAUGAGGCUUUUGAGAAGGUGGCCAGCUAUGGUUUGCAGCCAAACAUGAUGUUUUACCUGAUGAAUGAGUACAAAAUGGGAUUUACAAAUGCCACAAAUCUAAUGUUUUACUGGUCAGCAGCUACAAAUUUCAUGCCUCUGAUUGGUGCUUUUGUUGCUGAUUCAUUUCUUGGCCGUUUUCUUACAAUUGGCCUAGGUUCCAUCGCCAGUCUUCUGGGAACUAUCCAGCUAUGGCUAACUGCCAUAAUCCCAGCUGCCAGGCCACCAAAAUGCGGGCCGGCCCAACUCUGCAAACGGGCCUCGCCCGCACAAAUCACUCUCUUACUAUCUUCAUUCGGGCUAAUGUCUAUAGGAGCAGGUGGCAUAAGGCCCUGCUCCCUAGCAUUCGGAGCCGACCAAUUGACCGACAAAAACGAUCCUGAAAAAAAACGAGUGCUCGAGAGUUUCUUCGGGUGGUACUAUGCUUCGGCAGCUGUCUCGGUUUUAAUCGCUCUAACCGGGAUAGUGUAUGUUCAGGAUCACUUGGGGUGGAAAGUGGGGUUCGGUUUGCCCGUGGUCUUGAUGUUUUUCUCGGCCGUGCUCUUUUUUCUUGCAUCCAAGUUGUACAUUAAGGAGGGCCCGAACAAGAGCCUUUUCACGGGCUUUUUGCAGGUAAUUGUGGCUGCUUGGAGGAAUAGAAGGCUCGAUUUUCCCGGCGUUGGGUCGGGUGAGUAUUAUCGGGAAAAAGGUUACUCGGCGGCAUAUACAACUCCAAGUGACAAAUUAAGGUUCCUAAACAAGGCGUGCAUCAUCAAGAACCCUCGGGACCUAUCACCCGACGGAACUCCGAACGACCCUUGGAGCCUCUGCACGGUCAACCAAGUCGAGGAACUAAAAGCGCUAGUCAAAGUCAUCCCAAUAUGGUCGACCGGCAUAAUUCCCGCCAUAAACCUAAGCCAAACCUCAUUCCCCCUUCUCCAAGCAAGCUCCAUGGACCGCCACAUCACCCGAGGCUUCCAAAUCCCGGCCGGCUCGUUCGCCAUGUUCAACAUCAUCACCCUAACCCUUUGGGUCGUUUUGUACGACCGCGCGAUCCUACCCCUCGCCUCGAAAAUCGCCGGCAAGAAAGUCCACCUCGGAGUCAAACUAAGGAUGGGAAUCGGGAUUUUUUUGUCUUGUGUGGCAAUGGUUGUUUCGGGCGCAGUCGAGCACGCGCGAAGAAAACGCGCGAUUGCUCAAGGGGACGUGAAAAUGUCGGCCUUAUGGCUAAUCCCACAGAACUGCCUCUUGGGAUUAUCCGAGGCGUUCAACGCGAUCGGGCAGACGGAGUUUUACUAUUCCGAGUUCCCUAAGAGCAUGUCCAGUGUGGCCUCGUCGUUGUUCGGGUUCGGGAUGGCGGUCGCGGGACUGCUGGCGAGCGUGGUGUUGAGCGCGGUGGACGAGGGGACGAGGGGUAAAACGGGAAAAACGAGUUGGGUGUCGGGUAGUAUAAACGAGGGGCAUUACGAGUACUACUAUUGGCUUUUGGGGGGGAUGACUUUUGUUAACUUGGUGUAUUUUGUGGUGUGUAGUUGGGCUUAUGGUCCUUGUGAUGAUGGAGGCAUGGUGGAGGAGAAAGUGUCUAUGGUUGGGACACCAUGUUGAGAAAAAAUGAUGUUUGGAUUUAUUAUAUAUGUACAUUGAUUUAGUUUUGGCUGUUAUAUGUAGGUUGUUAUGGAUAUAUGUCCUAAAAUCUUGUUUUAGCAAGAAAUGGCAAACAUUAGCAAAACUCUCUUUACAUGCUAGCAAACUUGGCUAAAAGGCAAAACAGAGGAAGUGGAGUUGCCGUCAUGGUGAGAAUGACUGAAAAUUACUGUUUGGGUUCUUAGCUUAGUAACAAA